GUCAAUGCUCAACCCUGACCCACGCCGGCUGGGUGAUUUAUAAGCCUUAGAAACUGCAUUUCUGUCCCACUCCGGAGAUGGCCGCCCAGUGUGUGACAAAGGUGGAGCUGAACGUGUCCUGUGACAAUCUUCUGGACAAAGACAUUGGGUCCAAGUCGGACCCUUUGUGCGUGUUAUUUUUGAACUCGAGCGGACAGCAGUGGUAUGAGGCGGAUCGCACAGAGAGGAUUAAGAACUGCCUGAACCCCACCUUCUCCAAGACGUUCAUUAUCGACUACUACUUUGAAGUGGUUCAGAAAUUGAGGUUCGGGAUUUAUGACAUCGACAACAAAACCAUCGAGCUGAGUGACGACGACUUCCUGGGAGAAUGUGAAUGCACCCUGGGACAGAUCGUGUCCAGUAAGAAGCUGACGCGCCCACUGGCGCUGAGGAACGGCAAGCCCGCGGGGAAGGGCAGCAUCACGAUCUCAGCUGAAGAAAUCAAGGAUAACAGAGUGGUCCUGUUCGAAAUGGAAGCAAGAAAACUGGACAAUAAGGACCUGUUUGGCAAGUCAGACCCUUACCUGGAGUUCCACAAGCAGACGUCGGACGGAACCUGGCUCCUGGUGCACCGAACAGAGGUUAUUAAAAACAACCUGAAUCCUGUUUGGAGGCCUUUUAAAAUCUCUCUUAACUCCCUGUGCUACGGAGACAUGGAUAAGACUAUUAAGGUGGAGUGCUACGACUAUGACAGCGACGGCUCCCACGACCUCAUCGGGACAUUCCAGGCCACCAUGACGCAGCUGAAGGAGGCCUCCCGGAGCUCCCCCGUGGAGUUUGAGUGCAUCAACGAGAAGAAGAGACAGAAGAAGAAAGGCUACAAGAACUCCGGCGUCGUCAGCGUGAAGCAGUGUGAGGUCACGGUGGAGUGCACCUUCCUGGACUACAUCAUGGGCGGAUGCCAGCUGAACUUCACCGUGGGGGUGGACUUCACCGGCUCUAAUGGGGACCCGCGGUCCCCCGACUCCCUUCAUUACAUCAGCCCCAACGGUGUGAACGAGUACCUGACUGCCAUCUGGUCCGUGGGGGUGGUCGUUCAAGACUACGACGCGGAUAAGAUGUUCCCGGCGUUUGGGUUUGGAGCUCAGAUUCCCCCUCAGUGGCAGGUGUCGCAUGAGUUCCCCAUGAACUUCAGUCCGUCCAACCCCUACUGCAAAGGGAUCCAGGGCAUCGUGGAGGCGUAUCGGGCCUGCCUGCCUCAGAUCAAGCUCUAUGGACCGACGAACUUCUCCCCCAUCAUCAACCACGUGGCCAGGUUUGCUGCUGCAGCCACGCAGCAGCAGACGGCUUCCCAAUAUUUUGUGCUCCUGAUCAUCACCGACGGCGUGAUCACAGACCUGGACGAGACCAGGCAGGCCAUCGUCAAUGCCGCCAAGCUGCCCAUGUCCAUCAUCAUAGUCGGAGUGGGUGGUGCCGACUUCAGCGCCAUGGAGUUCCUGGACAGCGACAGCGGGGCCCUGCGCUCCCCGUCGGGAGAGGUGGCCAAUAGAGACAUCGUGCAGUUCGUGCCUUUCCGACAGUUCCAGAACGCUCCCAAGGAGGCGCUGGCCCAGUGUGUCCUGGCCGAGAUCCCCCAGCAGGUGGUGGGCUACUUCAACACGUACAAGCUGCUUCCCCCCAAGAACCCUGCGACCACCAAGUGAAGGUCUGCCCCCCGACCAUGACCAGCCACGGCUCUUCCUGUUCCCCGGCAUUUAUGCUGUAAACCUAGUUCUCUACGGUUCUUUCUACUUCAAGCGUUUUUUAUACUUUCUGGAGGAAAAGUGCUAAGUUAAUCUUUACCCAAUCAGUUCAGUGGUUGCUUCUGACCGGGGGCUGCAGUGAGGCUGUCUGGAGGAGACACUCCCUGAGGAACGUGGUUUGUUGUUGCGACUGUACUUUCAUAGGAUGAUCUGCCGUUUCCAAUGGUUCCCAGUA